GAACAUAAAAUAUUAAUUUAUUUCACAAAAUAAGGGUUUUCUUGGGGUCCCCAUACAAAGUCAACUGACACUUGACAGACGCUCAAAACUUGUGUUUUGUGCGUCUCAUUUGUGCCCCAUUUUUUGCAAAUAAUCAGCAAUGUAUGAACAAGACGAAGACCAAUUCGACGAUGAAGAGUCUGAAGAAAUCAGCUCCGAGUUGUGGCAAGAGGCCUGCUGGAUCGUCAUCAACGCCUAUUUCGACGAAAAAGGCCUCGUCCGGCAACAACUGGACAGUUUCGACGAGUUUAUCCAAAUGUCGGUGCAACGAAUCGUCGAAGACUCGCCCCAAAUCGACCUCCAAGCCGAGGCACAGCACACAAGCGGCGAGCUUGAAAACCCCUCUCGGUAUUUACUGAAAUUCGAGCAGAUCUACCUAUCCAAACCGACCCAUUGGGAGAAAGACGGCGCCCCCUCGCCCAUGAUGCCCAACGAGGCCCGCUUGCGCAACCUGACCUACUCGGCCCCCUUGUACGUCGAUAUCACCAAGACCAUAGUCAAGGACGGCGAGGACCCCAUUGAGACCCAGCACCAGAAAACCUUCAUCGGGAAAAUCCCGAUUAUGCUCCGAUCCACGUACUGUCUCCUCAACGGUCUAACCGACCGCGACUUGACCGAACUCAACGAGUGCCCCCUUGACCCCGGCGGCUACUUCAUCAUCAACGGCUCAGAGAAAGUCCUAAUCGCCCAGGAGAAAAUGGCCACGAACACCGUCUACGUCUUCUCGAUGAAAGACGGGAAAUACGCCUUCAAAUCCGAAAUCCGCUCCUGUCUCGAGCACAGCUCGCGCCCCACGUCCACCCUCUGGGUCAACAUGAUGGCACGUGGGGGCCAGGCGAUCAAAAAGGCCGCCAUCGGGCAACGAAUCAUCGCGAUCUUGCCCUACAUCAAGCAGGAGAUCCCCAUCAUGAUCGUGUUCCGGGCCUUGGGGUUCGUGGCCGAUCGGGACAUCCUCGAGCACAUUAUUUACGACUUCGAAGACCCCGAGAUGAUGGAAAUGGUGAAACCGUCCCUGGACGAAGCGUUCGUGAUCCAGGAACAGAACAUCGCACUCAACUUCAUUGGGACCAGGGGGGCCCGGCCGGGCGUCACCAAAGAAAAGCGUAUCAAAUACGCGCGAGAGAUCCUCCAGAAGGAGAUGCUGCCCCACGUUGGAGUGUCCGAUUUUUGCGAGACGAAAAAAGCCUACUUUUUGGGGUACAUGGUGCACCGGUUGCUCCUGGCGGCUUUGGGGCGCCGCGAGCUGGACGAUCGGGAUCACUACGGUAACAAACGACUGGACUUGGCGGGGCCCCUGCUUGCGUUUUUGUUCCGUGGGUUGUUUAAAAACUUGAUGAAGGAAGUACGGAUGUAUGCCCAGAAAUUUAUUGAUCGGGGCAAAGACUUUAACCUCGACUUGGCCAUUAAGACUAAGUUGAUUACGGACGGGUUGAGGUAUUCUCUGGCGACUGGUAACUGGGGGGACCAGAAGAAGGCCCACCAGGCCAGAGCCGGUGUCUCGCAGGUGUUGAACCGUUUGACUUUUGCCUCGACUUUGUCGCACUUGAGACGUGUUAAUUCGCCCAUUGGACGUGACGGGAAGUUGGCGAAGCCCCGACAGUUGCACAACACGCUCUGGGGGAUGAUUUGUCCGGCGGAGACACCAGAAGGGGCGGCUGUUGGUCUGGUGAAAAAUCUGGCCCUCAUGGCGUAUAUUUCGGUGGGGUCGCAACCCUCUCCAAUUUUGGAGUUUUUGGAGGAGUGGUCGAUGGAGAAUUUGGAGGAGAUUGCGCCGUCUGCCAUAGCCAACGCGACCAAGAUUUUUGUUAAUGGUUGCUGGGUGGGAAUUCACAGGGACCCCGAACAGUUGAUGGCGACGUUACGCAAGUUGAGGAGACAGAUGGAUAUUAUUGUGUCGGAGGUUUCCAUGAUUCGGGAUAUUCGGGACCGGGAGAUUCGCAUUUACACGGAUGCUGGACGGAUUUGUCGGCCGUUACUAAUCGUGGAAAAUGGGACUUUAUUGUUGAAGAAGCGCCACAUUGAUAUGUUGAAAGAGAGGGAAUAUAAUAACUACGGGUGGCAGGUUUUGGUGGCUUCAGGGGUUGUCGAAUAUAUCGAUACUUUGGAAGAGGAGACUGUGAUGAUUGCGAUGUCUCCGGACGAUUUGAGACAGGAGAAGGAAUACGCGUAUUGUACCACUUACACACAUUGUGAGAUCCAUCCAGCUAUGAUUUUGGGUGUUUGUGCCAGUAUUAUACCCUUCCCGGAUCACAACCAGAGUCCCAGAAACACAUAUCAAAGUGCUAUGGGCAAGCAAGCCAUGGGUGUGUACAUCACCAACUUCCAUGUCCGCAUGGACACCCUUGCCCACGUCCUGUAUUACCCCCACAAACCGUUGGUUACAACCAGAUCAAUGGAAUAUCUCAGAUUCAGGGAAUUACCGGCUGGGAUUAACAGCAUCGUGGCCAUUGCGUGUUACACCGGUUAUAACCAGGAGGAUUCGGUUAUUUUGAACGCGUCGGCCGUCGAAAGGGGAUUUUUCCGAUCUGUGUUUUACCGCUCGUACAAGGACGCCGAAUCGAAACGCAUCGGCGACCAAGAGGAGCAGUUCGAGAAACCGACUCGCCAGACCUGCCAAGGCAUGCGCAACGCCCUCUACGACAAACUGGACGAUGACGGCAUCAUAGCACCAGGAAUCCGUGUCUCUGGCGACGACGUCGUCAUCGGCAAAACAAUGACACUGCCGGAAAACGACGACGAGUUGGACGGCACCACCAAACGUUUCACAAAACGUGACGCCUCCACGUUCCUCCGGAACAGCGAAACGGGGGUGGUGGACCAGGUCAUGCUCACCCUCAACUCGGAGGGCUACAAAUUCUGCAAAAUUAGGGUGCGUUCCGUGCGCAUCCCCCAAAUUGGGGACAAGUUCGCGUCACGGCACGGACAGAAGGGCACCUGCGGGAUACAGUACCGCCAGGAGGACAUGAUUUUCACGUGCGAGGGCCUAACCCCUGACAUUAUAAUCAACCCCCAUGCCAUCCCCUCGCGUAUGACCAUCGGGCACUUGAUUGAGUGCAUCCAAGGCAAAGUCUCGGCAAACAAGGGCGAAAUCGGCGACGCUACCCCGUUUAAUGACGCCGUCAACGUGCAGAAAAUCUCAACUUUGCUACAAGAGUACGGGUAUCAGCUCCGAGGCAACGAAGUGAUGUACAAUGGACACACAGGCCGGAAAAUCAACGCGCAGAUUUUCUUAGGCCCGACGUAUUAUCAGAGACUGAAGCACAUGGUCGACGAUAAGAUACAUUCGAGGGCGCGAGGGCCCGUCCAGAUUUUGGUGCGACAACCCAUGGAAGGGAGGGCCCGCGAUGGGGGGCUGCGGUUUGGGGAAAUGGAACGUGAUUGUCAGAUUUCGCACGGAGCGGCACAGUUUCUACGCGAGAGGUUGUUCGAGGUUUCGGAUCAGUAUAGAAUACAUGUUUGUAAUUUUUGCGGGUUGAUUGCCAUCGCUAAUAUGAGGAAUAACACGUUCGAGUGCAAGGGGUGCAAAAAUAAGACGCAGAUUUCGCAAGUGAGGCUGCCGUAUGCGGCCAAGUUGCUCUUCCAGGAGCUGAUGUCGAUGAAUAUCGCGCCGCGGUUGAUGGUUUUGUAAUUAGAGGUAGGUACGAAUAAAGUAUUUUUUCUGUA